AAUCCCCUUCCGGAGAGAGAUUCUUUCCCCUUUCGUGUUUCCGAAUAUUAUCUCUCUCUCCUUAUCGUCUUCCCCAUCCAAUCCAAUUCCUGAUUCAGCUUGUUGGGUUUCGUUGUUGUGAUGUUCGGUUGAUUUGUACCGAUAAAGGGCUGCGAUUUGUUUGGGAUUUGCACCAACCCUUUUCGAUUGUUUCGCAUCCCCUGUUCAUAUGGCCUUUUGAAAUAGUGGGUUUCGUGGAUUCUGCUUUGUUUUUUCUUUUUUGGCCGUAAAGGGUAGUUUUGUGAGGAAGGAUUGAAUUUUGUUUCGAGAAGCUUUGUUGUUCUUUCCCCUUUCUGUCGAACAGGACACUUCGGGAUCUGGGCAUUUUAUCUGAAAGUUGGAUGAUUCAAUUGAAGUUGCUUCCUAGAUACGUUGAUUUUAACUGCCAAGAAUUCAGGUGCGUAGGUUUUCUUUAGUGUAAAUUUGGUCGAGUUUGGCCGUAAUUUCAUAGCCAGAAGCUCCAAAUUGUCCAAAUUGUAGUUGAGUUGAAGCUCGGUCAACUGGUAAUAAAAUCAAAAUGGUUCAGUCGAUUGCAGCAGCUUCUGUUUUUGGCCAUCAGCUACUAUGUGGGGGAACUUUGGUUAAGGACGUGUCCUACAAGAGGAAGAACAGCUGGUUUCCGACAUCAAAAUUUGUCGGGAAGAAGCUGAUUUCGUCUCCCACGGGUUCUAGUAUGAAAGUGGACCGAUUAGCACUUUUGUCAAUUAAGGCCUUAUCAUUGGAGGUGACAAAAGAGGCAUAUUCAUUCAGAGAGGACAGAAUACCAAAGGAUUGGAAUUAUGAUAUUGAUGCUGGUUAUGAUCGAAAGCCGGGUCUAUGGCCUCCAGAAAACAAAGCAGACAAUCCUUCAUUACAGAAUCCAUUGCUUCGACAAGAAAGAAUGGGCUGUGGGUGGUUGGGCGCCAUAUUUGAAUGGGAGGGUGUGCUGAUUGAGGACAAUCCUGAAAUUGAGAAGCAGGCCUGGCUAGCUCUUUCUCAGGAAGAAGGAAAAUCCCCUCCCCCAGCCUUUAUCCUCAGAAGAAUAGAGGGGAUGAAGAAUGAACAGGCCAUUUCUGAGGUCCUCUGCUGGUCGAGAGAUCCUGCUCAGUUGAGAAGAAUGGCUGCUAGAAAGGAAGAAAUCUAUCAGGCAUUACAAGGGGGAGUUUACAGACUAAGAGCAGGGUCCAAAGAGUUUGUGAACGUCUUGAUGCAUUACAAAAUUCCCAUGGCUCUGGUUUCAACGCGGCCUAGAAAGACUCUGGAGUCAGCCAUGGGAACGAUCGGCAUUGAUGGCGAUUUCAACGUGAUUAUAGCUGCAGAGGAUGUUCAUAGGGGGAAGCCUGAUCCAGAAAUGUUCAUUUAUGCAGCACAGCUCUUGAACUUCAUUCCUGAGAGGUGCAUUGUGUUUGGAAAUUCAAACCAGACUGUUGAGGCUGCCCAUGAUGCUCGGAUGAAGUGUGUGGCAGUUGCAAGCAAGCAUCCUGUUUACGAACUUGGGGCUGCAGACUUGGUCGUGAGACACCUCGACGAGCUAACGGUUGUCGAUUUGAAGAAUCUUGCUGCUAUCGAGUCCUCUGAAUUUGGCUCUGAGCCAGAGUUGGAGAUGGAGUUAGAGGAAGAUGACGAACCGUCUGCAUCAACCAUGACAGCAGUUGAUGAUAUUUUCUGGUGACCAUGGUUAAAUGUACAUAAUUUAUUGUUAUGAUUCUUAACGUUAAAUAGUUAGUCAUCUGUGUAUAAAAAGGGUGGGAAAUAUUUACAACAAAAAAGGAAAAAAAAACAGAAGUGGUCUGCAUUGGACCAACUUAAUGAUAUAUCAAUAUGUACGUAUUUUUCUACA